UCAAAAUUUUUAUUAAUCUCCUAACCGUCUACUGGUAAAGACGUCGCAGUGUAUCGUAUCGCUUUGUCGUUUAUUUAAUUAGUGUUCAAUAAUGGCGCGUACUAAGCAAACGGCUCGCAAAUCCACCGGUGGCAAGGCGCCUCGUAAACAACUUGCUACUAAAGCUGCGCGUAAGAGCGCUCCUGCAACCGGUGGAGUGAAGAAACCCCAUCGCUACAGGCCCGGAACUGUCGCUCUCCGUGAGAUCCGUCGUUACCAAAAGAGCACGGAGCUUCUUAUUCGCAAGUUACCAUUCCAACGUCUGGUUCGUGAGAUCGCUCAAGAUUUCAAGACUGAUCUACGUUUCCAGAGCUCGGCGGUGAUGGCCCUUCAGGAGGCGAGCGAGGCCUACCUAGUCGGUCUUUUCGAGGACACCAACUUGUGCGCUAUUCACGCAAAGCGCGUCACCAUUAUGCCUAAGGACAUACAGUUGGCGCGUAGAAUUCGCGGCGAGCGUGCCUAAGAAGGCCAGUUUGUCGAGAUGCUGACAUUAAUUUAAAUGUCGUCUCCGUUUUCUAAUUGAAACAACAACAAUUAAAAAAGGCCCUUUUCAGGGCCGCAUAUAUGUCUAGAAAAGUUUAUGUUUCUUUGGUAUGACUGACGAACGAACGUCUUAACAAAUAACAUACAAUAAAUACAACUCAAUUCUAUACAAUACAAUACAAUACAAUGAAACUACAAGGUAUCAAUACAUUUUUACUUACUGUUACGUAUGUAUUUCUUUUGCAUACAAUAAAUAAAUAAAUAAAUAAAUACAAUAUAUGACUGACUACAUUUAUCUGUU